AUGGGCGAGAACUUCAAGUCAGAAGAUAUACUUGGAUUUAAACUUGAUAGGUGUAUUUCCGAUACCUUGAUUAAGACAGGUGCUGGUUUAUUUGGGGGAAUCAUAUUUUCUGUGGUGCUUGCUAAAAGGCGUCCAUGGCCACUUAUCUUCGGGACUGGUUUUGGUCUCGGGAUGGGAAUUUCCAAUUGUAAUAAUGACUUUAAACAACCACUUCCUUUAGUUUCUCACCGUAUUGUGCGAUUAGGAGAAAGGUUAACUACCGGUCGACCCGAAGAUGAAAUAAAGCAGAUAUUUUCGAGGAAAUAUGUGGUCCUACGUUCACAAUCUCUUGCCUACGGCGACAAGUUUAUUCCUAUGGGUUACUACAAACAGCUUUCUAAAAUAUCUGUUAAAAUCAAGGAAAGUCAGGAUUCGAAAAAAGACUUGCCACCCUGGCCUUGUCACAACCCUAAUUCGUUUCAGUACUCUUCAAACAUCCAUCCAUUAAGGUUUAGAUCUAAACCGAAUGAAACUAAUUUGGAAUUAAAAUAUAAGACCGUUUGUCAAGAAACCUGGCGUUGGUUAAACGAAUACUGGUCAUUAUACAAUCUUUCUUAUUCAAAGGCAAAAAAUGCAUUUUUGGAAAAAGAGAGAAUGAAAAAUUUAGAAAAUAAUUCAACUGAACAUAAGAUACCAGAUAUGGGAGUAUUUCAUCGUGAAUUUUUGGAGGCAAAUAAAAAGCAGAGAAUGGACUUCAAUCUUAAAUGGUAUCGUUCUAUUGUUUAUAUUGUUUAUCUAAGUAUUUUGGUAGACCUACAACAAUUGUAUCAUCGUUUCCAUGCCAAAUUUUCUCCAAAAUCAACUAAAUGUGAAAAUGUUAAUGAUAAGAAAAUAAAACCAAAUCCUUGA